AUGCGUUACUCGAUUCCAGGCCUUGCUUUGCUGGCUGGCUUGACAGCCGCCGUCGAUCCUGUCGAAGUACGCGGUCAAGACUUUGUCAAUUCAGUCAGCGGUGACAGAUUUGUUGUUAUCGGUGUCGAUUAUCAACCGGGUGGCCAAGGAGCCAUCUCAGCAAACAACGAUCGGGACGUUCUCAGUGAUGCCGAAGCUUGCACUCGCGAUGCAGCUUUGAUGCAGAGUCUUGGGGUUAACACAAUCCGAAGCUACAAUGUGGAUCCGUGCAUGUCGAUCUUCAACGGUGUAGGAAUCUAUGUCAUUCUCGAUGUCAACACUCCCGUGUAUGGACAGCACAUUGAUCGCAGUAACCCUGCCGGCACGUACACCCGCGAUUACAUGGAACACGUUUUCACAGUCAUCGAAGCAUUCAAGGGCUAUCCUAAUCUGUUGGGUUUCUUUGGAGGCAACGAAAUCAUCAACGAUCUGGAGACGGCCGAUGAGAACCCUCCGUAUAUGAGAGCAGUCCAGCGAGAUAUGAAGGACUACAUUGCUGCUCGUGCAGACAGACCUAUCCCUGUUGGCUACUCGGCUGCCGACGUCAGAGACUUCACAGAGGAUACCUACAACUACUUGGCCUUCUUCGUGGAGCAAAGAUCCGCCCGGUUGCAUGCUGACACGAAAUUACAGGNNUGUGGUUCAGAGUCCAGCUUUGAGACAGCCGAGUACAAUGUCCUCGUUGAGAUGUUCUCCAACGCCUCUAUCCCUGUCUUCUUCUCAGAGUACGGUUGCAAUGAUCCUAGUCCUCGUGUAUUUGAGGAGGUUGAGGCUUUGUACAGCCCUCAGAUGACUGUCAUGUCUGGAGGCUUGGUUUACGAAUGGUCACAAGAAGAGAACAACUACGGUCUCGUCGACAUCUCUACUGAUGGAUCUCUCCGACUUCGAUCAGACUACAACAGUCUUCAAGAACAGUACAGCCGCAUCAACGUCACGCUUCUUGAAGCUAGCAAUGACACUGCGACUGGCAUCACUGCUCCUCGUUGUUCCUCCGACUUGAUCCGAGCAGACGACUUCAGCGAUGAGUUCGACAUUCCUUCUCGUCCAAGCGGUGUAGAUGCUCUGAUCUCGUCUGGGGUUUCGGAUGCACCUACUGGUGCUCUCGUGUCCGUUACCGCAACCGCAGUCGCCCUUCCGGUAUUCGAUGUUAACAGCGCAUCCAUGAGCAACCUCGCCAUCACGGUGACCAGCGAAGUAAAUCACCCCGUUGGUACUGCAAGCAGAACAUCAAGCAGAUCUGGCUCUAACACAGCCUCUGGAGCUUCCGCUACCCCAACUGAAAGUGGUGCCGCCCACCGUCUGUCUGGCGCUGCUGGUCUUGCCCUUGGUGCUGUCAUCUUUGCUUUGUAA